AUGCCUGGCCGUAUAAUAAAUGGACUGAAGAUCGUCGGCGUGAAUAACCCGGUUUUCCUCCUAGAUGAAGUGGACAAGCUGGGCAAAAGCCUGCAGGGGGACCCAGCAGCCGCACUACUGGAGGUUCUAGACCCAGAGCAGAACCACAACUUCACAGAUCACUAUCUGAACGUGCCCUUUGACCUUUCCCAGGUCAUCUUCAUUGCCACUGCUAAUACAACCGCCACCAUUCCACCUGCCCUCCUGGAUCGCAUGGAAGUUCUUGAGGUUCCUGGAUACACUCAGGAAGAGAAGAUUGAGAUCGCACACAGACAUCUCAUUGCUAAACAACUGGCACAGCAUGGACUGACCCCUCAGCAAAUACAGAUUCCACCUGAAACAACUCUGGAAAUUAUCACCAGGUACACGCGUGAAGCGGGGGUCCGGUCACUGGACAGGAAGCUGGGAGCCAUUUGCAGAGCGGUUGCAGUAAAAGUUGCUGAAGGACUACACAGAGAAGCCAAGCCGGAUGCCACAGAGACGGCCAAUGUCGAAGGAAAUGAAGUGCGGAGCUCUCCAAGAGGCAGGAACAGAGCCAUCCGAAAUCGUGGUAUUUGUACUAAUGGGGUUUGUGAAGGAAGCCGUGUCUAG